AUGCCGCUACCACCGAACGUAAAGCAGUCUCACUUUCUUGUCGGAUGGGUUUGCAUUCUCCAGGAAGAAUAUUCUGCAGUUCGGCAUGUCUUGGACAAAAGAUAUGGUACGGACCACGAAGCCGGCUUCAUAUCAGGCAAGGGCGACUCGAAUACAUACGAAUUGGGCCGCAUUGGUGAGCACUAUGUGGUUAUCAACCUUCCUCCAGCUGGGAUCUACGGUCAGAUCUCGGCUUUCAAGAUCGUGAGCGGUAUGAAGAGUACAUUUCCUCACAUGCGCUUUUGGAUGCUUGUUGGAAUUGGCGGAGGAGUUCCAUCCCAGAGGGCCGAUAUUCGACUGGGUGAUGUUGUCCUCGGCACGGCAGUCCUUCCCUACAAGACGGGCAAGCAGCUAGAAAAAAGCUUCAAAAUCACCGGCAAGACAAGGCAACCCCCGGUUGAGCUUUUGAGUGUUGUUACACAGCUUAGGCACAAACUGGACCAUGGAUUAUCGUUGGAACAGAGCAUGGAGGAUGUGCUUCAGCGGCGACUGAUUUCGCAGCAUGACCCCGGGAGGAAAUAUCGCCGCCCAGCAAUCGAUCACCUAUGGAGGAGCGAUUAUAUACAUCAAGACGGCGAAUGUGCCUGCCUCCACAAACAGCCAAAUGAUACUUCCAGAUCAAUCCAACGUGAACAGCCUUCUACUGGGCAGCUCAUACAAACACACUGCGGUAUCAUUGGAUCAGCGGAUCAGGUCAUGAAGAAUGCGAAAAAGCGAGAUGAAAUAGGCCGUAAGGAAGACGUGAUCUGUUUCGAGAUGGAAGCCACGGCUGUAAUGGAAGCAGCAGCUGGCAACCAAGCGCUAAACCGCUGCAUCUCGAUUCGAGGCAUCUCAGACUACUCUGAUGGGCACAAAAAUGAUUCAUGGCACGACUAUGCAGCUUUAUCGGCAGCAGUUUGUGCUGCGGAGCUGUUGAAGUGUCUUGCGUUAAGUUCUGUUCGCAGAAUGACAAUCGAGAUGGCUCCAGACGAGAUAGCAGACCUUAUCCAGGGCGCUGUUAACGCCGCCGAAGGGAGGAUCAACCAACAGAAGCAAUUCGCUGAAGAUGAAAUGAAACUCAUGCGGGUCACCUGCCAGAAGCUGCUGGAUGAAACAAUCCAUGGUCUGAAGGAGCAGGCUGAGCUUGAAGCUGCCAGAGCUGACUACGUGACUCGAUUUGAGUGGGAAGAAUUCACAAAGCAAAUCGAAACUACAGCAAAGAAGUCAAGCAAAUUAGCUACAGCUGAAGAAAUUCUCGAUACAGCUGGCGAACUUACCGACAACAUUAUCCAAGAUGCAAAGGGCAAAGGGGACGGUUCUUAUGCGAAAUACUUCAAAUUCGGAUCGCGAUUCACCAAACUUGCCAUGAACUUCAGAGGGGCUGGAAGUAAGACCACAGCCACAAACAGCGUGACCAUUUCUCCAUCAUUCAUACCGCCAACUCCUCCAACAUCCUCGCAGUCUAGCCAUAAAGACACUCAGUCUGGGCCGGCUACCCCCACACGACCGGCACCUACAGUGCCUCGGUUCGGAUAUGAGCAACCUUCAAUUCCGCCACGGCCUCAGAGAACCUUACUCAGUAGGGAUAGACUACCAAAUGGGUCUCCCUCAGGCCCUCCCGCUCAACUAGCAGAGAUAUUGACCGGUGGCUUGCAAGAAAGAAGCACUGGGGAGACACCAAGGUCUGCCUCUCUGCUUCAUUAA